AUGUGUGGAAUCAUUGGUCUGCUUCUUGCAGAUGAGGAAUCUAAUGUGAACCAGCUUCUUUUUGAUGGAUUGACAGUUCUUCAGCAUCGUGGGCAGGACGCCGCCGGUAUUGUGACUUCUGAGCGGGGCCGCCUUCAUCUCAGAAAAGACAAUGGUUUGGUGCGAGACGUUUUCCUGCAGCAUCAUAUGAUGGAACUACGAGGAAACGUUGGAGUUGGUCACGUUCGAUAUCCCACUGCUGGCAGCAGCUCCUGUGCAGAGGCACAACCACUGUACACAAAUUAUCCCCAUGGUAUCUGCGUUGCGCAUAACGGAAACCUUACGAAUACUGAAGAUCUGUACAGUGAAAUGUCCAAGCAGCAGAGGCAUGUGAACACUGAUUCUGAUUCUGAACUUCUGCUGAAUUUAUUUGCAGAAGGUCUUACGAAGAAUGAGCGGGAUUGCUCUAAUGUGGAGGAAGCGGUCUUUGCCACCUGUAAAGAUGUGAUGCAUCAGGUUAAAGGGGGAUAUGCCACAGUAUAUUUCAUCAAUGGCGUCGGCCUUGUGGGCUUCAGGGAUCCACAUGGAAUUCGUCCUCUUGUAUUUGGUUGCCGUUCGAAAGAAAAGGAAGAGUUGUCGACAACAUGGACUACAGAAAUGAUAGCCAGCACGAACCAAAAGCUGGACUUUGUGGUCGCUAGUGAAUCAGUGGCGAUCGAUACGUUAGGCUUUCAACUUGUGCGCGACGUGAGACCUGGAGAAGCCAUUUUCAUUGACAUGAACACUGGAAACUGCCGUGUCUGGCAAUGUGUCGACAACGCGACCCCAGCUCCCUGUAUUUUCGAGUAUGUGUACUUUGCCAGGCCCGAUUCGAUUAUGGAUGGUGUUUCUGUUUACGAGUCUCGCUUGAAAAUGGGCGAAUACCUAGCCAAAAAGAUCAAACGAGUUUAUCCAGAACACGGUAUUGAUGUAGUCAUUCCGAUUCCUGACACCUCGAGAACGGCUGCUCUUCAAGCAGCUUACUCUUUGGGAUGCCCAUAUCAGGAGGGUUUCAUCAAGAAUCGUUAUAUCGCUCGGACAUUCAUCAUGCCGGGACAGGCUACGCGCAAAAAGUCAGUACGCCUCAAGUUAAACACUAUCAAGAGCGAAUUUGCUGGGAGGAAUGUCUUGCUUGUUGAUGACUCAAUCGUGAGAGGAACUACGGCUCACGAAAUCGUCCAAAUGGCACGAGAUGCUGGAGCUCGCAAGGUGUACUUUUGUAGUGCUGCUCCUCCGAUUAGGUAUCCCAAUAUAUACGGAAUCGACAUUCCGACACGAGAAGAGUUAAUCGCAUACGAGAGAGGAGAAGAUGAGAUUGCUGCAAAAAUUGGUUGCGACUGGGUAGUCUAUCAAGAUCUGAAGGACCUGGAAGAUUCUGUAAAGGAUGUUGCCUCGAGGGAAUAUCCCUUGACAGUUUUUGACACGAGCUGCUUUAGUGGGGAGUAUAUCACUGGAGAGCGAAUGGGAGAUGAUUAUUUUACGAGACUACACGAUCUUCGCAAUGACGAUGCAAAAAUCCUAAGAAACAAAGGGAACGCAUCAAAUUCAAACCAAUCCAAACCAGUCGCAAGCAAUGAGGGCUGCGAACCCCUCACAAAUAAUUCUUCGCUUAUGUGA